AUGAGCCCUCCAAUGAGAAGUUGGGAUAUAGAUGAUGAGCCACCAGCACACUCAGUAGAAAUUAUUGCACAAUGGCCUGAUGAGCCCUCUAAUGAGAAAUUGGAUAGAGAUGAUGAGCCACCAGCAGACUCAGUAGAAACUAUUGCACAAUGGCCUGAUGAGCCCUCUAAUGAGAAGUUGGAUAGAGAUGAUGAGCCACCAGCAGACUUGUUAGAAACUAUUGCACAAUGGACUGAUGGGCCCUCUAAUGAGAAGUUGGAUAGAGAUGAUGAGCCACCAGCAGACUCAAAAGAAACUAUUGCACAAUGGCCUGAUGAGCCCUCUAAUGAGAAGUUGGAUAGAGAUGAUGAGCCACCAGCACACUCAGUAGAAACUAUUGCACAAUGGCCUGAUGAGCCCUCUAAUGAGAAAUUGGAUACAGAUGAUGAGCCACCAGCAGACUUAGUAGAAACGAUUGCACAAUGUCCUGAUGAGCCCUCUAAUGAGAAGUUGGAUAGAGAUGAUGAGCCACCAGCACACUCAGUAGAAACUAUUGCACAAUGGCCUGAUGAGCCCUCUAAUGAGAAAUUGGAUAGAGAUGAUGAGCCACCAGCACACUCAGUAGAAACUAUUGCAGAAUGGCCUGAUGAGCCCUCUAAUGAGAAAUUGGAUAGAGAUGAUGAGCCACCAGCAGACUUAGUAGAAACUAUUGCACAAUGGCCUGAUGAGCCCUCUAAUGAGAAAUUGGAUAGAGAUGAUGAGCCACCAGCAGACUUAGUAGAAACUAUUGCACAAUGGACUGAUGAGCCCUCUAAUGAGAAGUUGGAUAGAGAUGAUGAGCCACCAGCACACUCAGUAGAAACUAUUGCACAAUGGCCUGAUGAGCCCUCUAAUAAGAAGUUGGACAGAGAUGAUGAGCCACCAGCACACUCAGUAGAAACUAUUGCACAAUGGCCUGAUGAGCCCUCUAAUGAGAAAUUGGAUACAGAUGAUGAGCCACCAGCAGAAUUAGUAGAAACUAUUGCACAAUGGCCUGAUGAGCCCUCUAAUGAGAAUUGGGAUAUAGAUGAUGAGCCACCAGCACACUCAGUAGAAACUAUUGCACAAUGGCCUGAUGAGCCCUCUAAUGAGAAAUUGGAUAGAGAUGAUGAGCCAAAAGCAGACUUAGUAGAAACUAUUGCACAAUGGCCUGAUGAGCCCUCUAAUGAGAAGUUGGAUAGAGAUGAUGAGCCACCAGCACACUCAGUAGAAACUAUUGCACAAUGGCCUGAUGAGCCCUCUAAUGAGAAAUUGGAUACAGAUGAUGAGCCACCAGCAGACUUAGUAGAAACGAUUGCACAAUGGCCUGAUGAGCCCUCUAAUGAGAAGUUGGAUAGAGAUGAUGAGCCACCAGCAGACUCAGAAGAAACUAUUGCACAAUGGCCUGAUGAGCCCUCUAAUGAGAAGUUGGAUAGAGAUGAUGAGCCACCAGCACACUCAGUAGAAACUAUUGCACAAUGGCCUGAUGAGCCCUCUAAUAAGAAGUUGGACAGAGAUGAUGAGCCACCAGCACACUCAGUAGAAACUAUUGCACAAUGGCCUGAUGAGCCCUCUAAUGAGAAAUUGGAUAGAGAUGAUGAGCCACCAGCAGACUUAGUAGAAACUAUUGCACAAUGGCCUGAUGAGCCCUCUAAUGAGAAUUGGGAUAUAGAUGAUGAGCCACCAGCACACUCAGUAGAAACUAUUGCACAAUGGCCUGAUGAGCCCUCUAAUGAGAAAUUGGAUAGAGAUGAUGAGCCAAAAGCAGACUUAGUAGAAACUAUUGCACAAUGGCCUGAUGAGCCCUCUAAUGAGAAGUUGGAUAGAGAUGAUGAGCCACCAGCACACUCAGUAGAAACUAUUGCACAAUGGCCUGAUGAGCCCUCUAAUGAGAAAUUGGAUAGAGAUGAUGAGCCACCAGCAGACUUAGUAGAAACUAUUGCACAAUGGACUGAUGGGCCCUCUAAUGAGAAGUUGGAUAGAGAUGAUGAGCCACCAGCAGACUCAGAAGAAACUAUUGCACAAUGGCCUGAUGAGCCCUCUAAUGAGAAGUUGGAUAGAGAUGAUGAGCCACCAGCACACUCAGUAGAAACUAUUGCACAAUGGCCUGAUGAGCCCUCUAAUGAGAAAUUGGAUACAGAUGAUGAGCCACCAGCAGACUUAGUAGAAACGAUUGGACAAUGGCCUGAUGAGCCCUCUAAUGAGAAGUUGGAUAGAGAUGAUGAGCCACCAGCAGACUCAGAAGAAACUAUUGCACAAUGGCCUGAUGAGCCCUCUAAUGAGAAGUUGGACAGAGAUGAUGAGCCACCAGCACACUCAGUAGAAACUAUUGCACAAUGGCCUGAUGAGCCCUCUAAUGACAAAUUGGAUAGAGAUGAUGAGCCACCAGCAGACUUACUAGAAACUAUUGCACAAUGGCCUGAUGAGCCCUCUAAUGAGAAGUUGGAUAGAGAUGAUGAGCCACCAGCAGACUCAGAAGAAACUAUUGCACAAUGGCCUGAUGAGCCCUCUAAUGAGAAGUUGGAUAGAGAUGAUGAGCCACCAGCACACUCAGUAGAAACUAUUGCACAAUGGCCUGAUGAGCUCUCUAAUGAGAAAUUGGAUAGAGAUGAUGAGCCACCAGCAGACUUAGUAGAAACUAUUGCACAAUGGCCUGAUGAGCCCUCUAAUGAGAAGUUGGAUAGAGAUGAUGAGCCACCAGCAGACUCAGAAGAAACUAUUGCACAAUGGCCUGAUGAGCCCUCUUUUGAGAAGUUGGAUAGAGAUGAUGAGCCACCAGCAGACUCAGUAGAAACUAUUGCACAAUGGCCUGAUGAGCCCUCUAAUGAGAAGUUGGAUAGAGAUGAUAAGCCACCAGCACACUCAGUGGAAACUAUUGCACAAUGGCCUGAUGAGCCCUCUAAUGAGAAAUUGGAUAGAGAUGAUGAGCCACCAGCACACUCAGUAGAAAUUAUUGCAGAAUGGCCUGAUGAGCCCUCUAAUGAGAAAUUGGAUAGAGAUGAUGAGCCACCAGCAGACUUAGUAGAAACUAUUGCACAAUGGCCUGAUGAGCCCUCUAAUGAGAAAUUGGAUAGAGAUGAUGAGCCGGCAGCAGACUUAGUAGAAACUAUUGCACAAUGGACUGAUGAGCCCUCUAAUGAGAAGUUGGAUAGAGAUGAUGAGCCACCAGCAGACUCAGAAGAAACUAUUGCACAAUGGCCUGAUGAGCCCUCUAAUGAGAAGUUGGAUAGAGAUGAUGAGCCACCAGCACACUCAGUAGAAACUAUUGCACAAUGGCCUGAUGAGCCCUCUAAUAAGAAGUUGGACAGAGAUGAUGAGCCACCAGCACACUCAGUAGAAACUAUUGCACAAUGGCCUGAUGAGCCCUCUAAUGAGAAAUUGGAUAGAGAUGAUGAGCCACCAGCAGACUUAGUAGAAACUAUUGCACAAUGGCCUGAUGAGCCCUCUAAUGAGAAGUUGGAUAGAGAUGAUGAGCCACCAGCAGACUCAGAAGAAACUAUUGCACAAUGGCCUGAUGAGCCCUCUAAUGAGAAGUUGGAUAGAGAUGAUGAGCCACCAGCACACUCAGUAGAAACUAUUGCACAAUGGCCUGAUGAGCUCUCUAAUGAGAAAUUGGAUAGAGAUGAUGAGCCACCAGCAGACUUAGUAGAAACUAUUGCACAAUGGCCUGAUGAGCCCUCUAAUGAGAAGUUGGAUAGAGAUGAUGAGCCACCAGCAGACUCAGAAGAAACUAUUGCACAAUGGCCUGAUGAGCCCUCUUUUGAGAAGUUGGAUAGAGAUGAUGAGCCACCAGCACACUCAGUAGAAACUAUUGCAGAAUGGCCUGAUGAGCCCUCUAAUGAGAAGUUGGAUAGAGAUGAUGAGCCACCAGGAGACACAUUGGAUAGAGAUGAUGAGCCACCAGCACACUCAGUAGAAACUAUUGCACAAUGGCCUGAUGAGCCCUCUAAUGAGAAGUUGGAUAGAGAUGACGAGCCACCAGCACACUCAGUAGAAACUAUUGCACAAUGGCCUGAUGAGCCCUCUAAUGAGAAGUUGGAUAGAGAUGAUGAGCCACCAGCACACUCAGUAGAAACUAUUGCAGAAUGGCCUGAUGAGAACUCUAAUGAGAAGUUGGAUAGAGAUGAUGACCCACCAGCACACUCAGUAGAAACUAUUGCAGAAUGGCCUGAUGAGCCCUCUAAUGAGAAGUUGGAUAGAGAUGAUGAGCCAUCAGCACACUCAGUAGAAACUAUUGCACAACGGCCUGAUGGGCCCUCUAAUGAGAAAUUGGAUAGAGAUGAUGAACCACCAGCAAAAUCAGUAGAAACUAGUGCACAAUGGCCUGAUGAGCCCUCUAAUGAGAAGUUGGAUAGAGAUGAUGAGCCACCAGCACACUCAAAGUUGGAUAGAGAUGAUGAGCCACCAGCAGACUCAGUAGAAACUAUUGCACAAUGGCCUAAUGAGCCCUCUAAUGAGAAGUUGGAUAGAGAUUAUGAGCCACCAGCACACUCAGUAGAAACUAUUGCACAAUGGCCUGAUGAGCCCUCUCACGAGAAGUUGGAUAGAGAUGAUGAGCCACCAGCACACUCAGUAGAAGCUAUUGCACAAUGGCCUGAUGAGCCCUCUAAUGAGAAGUUGGAUAGAGAUGAUGAGCCACCAGCACACUCAGUAGAAACUAUUGCAGAAUGGCCUGAUAAGAACUCUAAUGAGAAGUUGGAUGGAGAUGAUGAGCCACCAGCACACUCAGUAGAAACUAUUGCACAAUGGCCUGAUGAGCCCUCUAAUGUGAAAUUGGAUAGAGAUGAUGAGCCACCAGCACACUCAUUGGAUAGAGAUGAUGAGCCACCAGCACACUCAGUAGAAGCUAUUGCACAAUGGCCUGAUGAGCCCUCUAAUGAGAAGUUGGAUAGAGAUGAUGAGCCACCAGCACACUCAGUAGAAACUAUUGCAGAAUGGCCUGAUAAGAACUCUAAUGAGAAGUUGGAUGGAGAUGAUGAGCCACCAGCACACUCAGUAGAAACUAUUGCACAAUGGCCUGAUGAGCCCUCUAAUGUGAAAUUGGAUAGAGAUGAUGAGCCACCAGCACACUCAGUAGAAACUAUUGCAGAAUGGCCUGAUAAGAACUCUAAUGAGAAGUUGGAUGGAGAUGAUGAGCCACCAGCACACUCAGUAGAAACUAUUGCACAAUGGCCUGAUGAGCCCUCUAAUGAGAAGUUGGAUAGAGAUGAUGAGCCACCAGCACACUCAGUAGAAACUAUUGCACAAUGGCCUGAUGAGCUCUCUAAUGAGAAAUUGGAUAGAGAUGAUGAGCCACCAGCAGACUUAGUAGAAACUAUUGCACAAUGGCCUGAUGAGCCCUCUAAUGAGAAGUUGGAUAGAGAUGAUGAGCCACCAGCAGACUCAGAAGAAACUAUUGCACAAUGGCCUGAUGAGCCCUCUUUUGAGAAGUUGGAUAGAGAUGAUGAGCCACCAGCAGACUCAGUAGAAACUAUUGCACAAUGGCCUGAUGAGCCCUCUAAUGAGAAGUUGGAUAGAGAUGAUAAGCCACCAGCACACUCAGUGGAAACUAUUGCACAAUGGCCUGAUGAGCCCUCUAAUGAGAAAUUGGAUAGAGAUGAUGAGCCACCAGCACACUCAGUAGAAAUUAUUGCAGACUGGCCUGAUGAGCCCUCUAAUGAGAAAUUGGAUAGAGAUGAUGAGCCACCAGCAGACUUAGUAGAAACUAUUGCACAAUGGCCUGAUGAGCCCUCUAAUGAGAAAUUGGAUAGAGAUGAUGAGCCGGCAGCAGACUUAGUAGAAACUAUUGCACAAUGGACUGAUGAGCCCUCUAAUGAGAAGUUGGAUAGAGAUGAUGAGCCACCAGCAGACUCAGAAGAAACUAUUGCACAAUGGCCUGAUGAGCCCUCUAAUGAGAAGUUGGAUAGAGAUGAUGAGCCACCAGCACACUCAGUAGAAACUAUUGCACAAUGGCCUGAUGAGCCCUCUAAUAAGAAGUUGGACAGAGAUGAUGAGCCACCAGCACACUCAGUAGAAACUAUUGCACAAUGGCCUGAUGAGCCCUCUAAUGAGAAAUUGGAUAGAGAUGAUGAGCCACCAGCAGACUUAGUAGAAACUAUUGCACAAUGGCCUGAUGAGCCCUCUAAUGAGAAGUUGGAUAGAGAUGAUGAGCCACCAGCAGACUCAGAAGAAACUAUUGCACAAUGGCCUGAUGAGCCCUCUAAUGAGAAGUUGGAUAGAGAUGAUGAGCCACCAGCACACUCAGUAGAAACUAUUGCACAAUGGCCUGAUGAGCUCUCUAAUGAGAAAUUGGAUAGAGAUGAUGAGCCACCAGCAGACUUAGUAGAAACUAUUGCACAAUGGCCUGAUGAGCCCUCUAAUGAGAAGUUGGAUAGAGAUGAUGAGCCACCAGCACACUCAGUAGAAACUAUUGCAGAAUGGCCUGAUGAGCCCUCUAAUGAGAAGUUGGAUAGAGAUGAUGAGCCACCAGCAGACACAUUGGAUAGAGAUGAUGAGCCACCAGCACACUCAGUAGAAACUAUUGCACAAUGGCCUGAUGAGCCCUCUAAUGAGAAGUUGGAUAGAGAUGACGAGCCACCAGCACACUCAGUAGAAACUAUUGCACAAUGGCCUGAUGAGCCCUCUAAUGAGAAGUUGGAUAGAGAUGAUGAGCCACCAGCACACUCAAAGUUGGAUAGAGAUGAUGAGCCACCAGCACACUCAGUAGAAACUAUUGCAGAAUGGCCUGAUGAGCCCUCUAAUGAGAAGUUGGAUAGAGAUGAUGAGCCACCAGCAGACACAUUGGAUAGAGAUGAUGAGCCACCAGCACACUCAGUAGAAACUAUUGCACAAUGGCCUGAUGAGCCCUCUAAUGAGAAGUUGGAUAGAGAUGACGAGCCACCAGCACACUCAGUAGAAACUAUUGCACAAUGGCCUGAUGAGCCCUCUAAUGAGAAGUUGGAUAGAGAUGAUGAGCCACCAGCACACUCAAAGUUGGAUAGAGAUGAUGAGCCACCAGCAGACUUAGUAGAAACUAUUGCACAAUGGCCUGAUGAGCCCUCUAAUGAGAAGUUGGAUAGAGAUGAUGAGCCACCAGCACACUCAAAGUUGGAUAGAGAUGAUGAGCCACCAGCAGACUCAGUAGAAACUAUUGCACAAUGGCCUAAUGAGCCCUCUAAUGAGAAGUUGGAUAGAGAUUAUGAGCCACCAGCACACUCAGUAGAAACUAUUGCACAAUGGCCUGAUGAGCCCUCUCACGAGAAGUUGGAUAGAGAUGAUGAGCCACCAGCACACUCAGUAGAAACUAUUGCAGAAUGGCCUGAUAAGAACUCUAAUGAGAAGUUGGAUGGAGAUGAUGAGCCACCAGCACACUCAGUAGAAACUAUUGCACAAUGGCCUGAUGAGCCCUCUAAUGUGAAAUUGGAUAGAGAUGAUGAGCCACCAGCACACUUAGUAGAAACUAUUGUACAAUGGCCUGAUGAGCCCUCUAAUGAGAAGUUGGAUAGAGAUGAUGAGCCACCAGCACACUCAGUAGAAACUAUCGCACAAUGGCCUGAUGAGCCAUGA